UCUUGCCAUUUUUGAAUCAUUCCACUCAUAAUUCCCGUAAUUGUGGACCUUUCACACUCUCGGGAUACCUCCCGAGCUCUGUACCCCUCUCACCCCCACCCUGUCAACCCCUGUUCUCCCCCCUGUACAUGUGUCUCACGUGCCUCUCACGUGCCCUUUGUCUCCUCCUGCAUCCGCCAAAUCUCGUGAUUCUUUUCCGUGAAUCUCGAACUUUUCCCCUUUCGCACACAAACGCCAGAUACGUACGUCUGAGACGAGUCUCUAGCGAAGGGCUCUUCUUUAGCCUUUCCAGUCGUAUAUAUUGCUUCCUCUCCGGGCUAGAAGCUAUUACCAUCCUACGCAUAUUCCACGUACCUUUGCAUCAGCGCCUUGUUUAUAUUUUCCCACCGGAGUAGCCCCUUUUGCUUUGUUUUGGUCGCGCUGCCAUUUGCACUCCAUAGACACCGAAUUCGUUUCUUGGCCUCACUUUUAAGUCCAUACCCCCCAUUUUAUACCCGGACUUUCCAUUUUA